GCGGGCGAAGGCCUGGCGCCAGGCUCCCCUUGCCUUACCUGACGCGGCCGGGUUGGGCCCCGCCACCCGCCCUUUCUCGCCUCGGGAGCGGGGGGCCUCGGCCUCCUCCGCGAGGAGCCCCACAACAGGCCUCCUCCCUAUCGCUGGGUGGUGGGAGAGACCGAGCAUGCGCGCGUAUGAGAUACGACCAGCCUUUGCCAAUUCUGUGCCCUCUUGGAAGUUUUGGACUACGACUCCCAUCAGCGCUGGUGAGCGUUCUGGUCCAAAAGUUCUUCUGGGAGGGCACCGGGUUGGCAAAGGCUGAGUGGCAAACGUGCAUAGAAACUCACGCACGCACGGUAUUGGGGCAGUUGCAUGUCCUACAUUUAAAAGCGCAUGACUUUACCUUGGAGAAUAUCGGAAAAGGUACGGUAGUUUUCCCAGUACAGAACUACAGUUCCCAGCACCCCCUAGCAAACUACAGUUCCCAGGAUUCUUUCAGGGAAGCCACGUGCUUUAAAUGGUUGAAAAUCUGCAACUCCCUGGAGGUGCAGGCGGAGAUCCUCUCAGACUGACUGGCCUGUUUGAUCCUCUGGAGCUUUUGAGCCGUCAGUCCUUUUGAGCCGAUGGAGCAUCUUCUGCAUGUCUCCUGAAAAGCAAUGGCUGCUGCCUCGCACCUGAACAUCUCAUCCUCUGAACGGAAGACCUCCUUUGGCAUUGCGAAGCCUCCCAUCUGGCAGCCACACUCCCUCAGCAUGCAUGUCACCCGGCCAAAAUCUGCAAAGGGGCGCACGAGGUCCAACUUGAAUUACUCCCACAGCAUAGAAGCCUACUCCUACCAGGUGCCAUCGUCUCCUCAGCCAUUAGCUCCCUGCGAAGAUGCUGCAAGUGGCCGAAAGACCUUGUCGACCCAGCAGCUGUACCAGCCUGUUCAGGUGUUCCCUGCUGAAAUCCCAGAUCUUCUCCAGCAGGUGCCCAUGAGAACUUCCUCCUCCUUAAACAAGUACAGAGUGCUCCCAUCCAUCAGCAGGAAAGAACUGCGGAAGGGUGCCGUGGAGAUGAUGUCUGAGCCGGCUGGUCAGCUCCAAGGGAGUCCCCAACCAGAAGAGAAAGAGCAAGGCUUCAAAGAGCUUCUUCCCCUGGUGGGGAAAGCCUCCACCGAUAUCAUGGCAAAACACAAAGGGGGCGGCGGAGAAUACGCUCAGAAUCCACCUCCUCUUCUGGAGACAAAGCCCCGAAGUAAAACAAGGGAAGGGGCCCAUCCCGUGCUGAAUUUGGAAGAGCCCAGCGAGAAGGAGCCGAGGUUGCUUCUCGCCAUCAGGUCUCCUUCAGGUCACAGGUUUGAGCAUCACUUCAGGCCGACGGACAGCUUGAAAACCGUCCUUACAGUGGCGGAGCAAAAGAACUCGGUCGUGUACAGACGCUGCAGCAUUGAAACAGUGGAAGUGCCUCGGAGGACCUUCGCGGACCUCACCAAGUCCUUGCAAGAGUGCGGGAUCCCUCACAAGUCAGUGUUGUGUAUCCUACAGGAGUCGCAAGAGGGGGAGCUGUAAGCGUCCAGAGGCUGUUCUUUGCAUUAAAUGCCAUUGGAGAGUGGAUCUCUAGAUCCAGCUGACGCCUUUUCUCUGGUGUAGCACUCCCCCCCACCCCGCCCACAAGCUCUUCCCUGUGCAGGACCAUUUUGUUUCUUAAGCUUUGCAUUGAAGCUUUGCAUUGAAAACCCCACCCCACCCCUCCCAGCUUCCCAUAUCCCCCAUUGCAUUUUGUAGGUUUGCUGAGUUGUUUUCAAAAUGGCCUGUUCUCCAGGGAAGUCUUACAAUCCUGAUUCCUUUAUUCCAGUGGAAGGGAUUGGUUUGUGAUAUUUGUUUGGCUCCAGGAAUAGAUCCUUUCCCCACACCAAUGUGAAUUUUAAGAUGAGUGGACGGGGAAAGAUGGAUAUAAAAAGCUGGCCCCCCAGGAAUGUCUCUUGCACAAAUUCCAUUUAACGAUGUUGUCAUCCGUUUGCAAAACUUCUUUUCAGCAGGGGUUGUGCAGGAGAAGGUUCUGGUGAUUGUGACCAAUUCUUCUCUCCAUCCCACCCCUCCCCCAAGUUCUUCCAGUCAAGAUCCAAAUAGUUUUUUGCUUUGAUGGAAGUGCAACUGACCCCAACACUUGCUCUCUCUCUCUCUCGUCCAUGGAAAAAGCCAAGAUUUAUGACAGCUGCAUUAGUUCAGCCUACCAGUUUGUUGCUGUAUUGUUAAUCAGAUGUUCCUUUCACAAGAUUAUGGCACAAAUUAGACUGGAAAGAUCCCAGCUAAGUGGGCUUAUCCAGUGCAAAUUUGAAUGUUGAGUGUUGUUUGGUAACAGGUAACAGAACCUUUGCUUUUUUGAAACAAAAAUGAGUUAAUUGCAAACGUGUGUCGAUUUCAGUAUUCUGUUAUCAAUCGAGUUUUGCUUGGGGAUGAGCAAGGGGCUUUUCCUGAAAGCUGCUUUCUCAUUAUUAUUUUUUAAAUGAAUCUUAACCUGUUUGUGUUUAUCAAAAUGCCAUUUAUAUUCUUUUUAAAAAUCUGUGUUUAAAUGUUUUUAAAAAGCUUUCUGUUCACAUGCAGGAUUUGAAAUCUUAGUAUUAUUGAGAGGUCGGGGUGGGUUAAGCUCUAAGUACACAGCUUGCCAAAACAUUCUGCUUCCGAGUGUUAAUUCCUCUUUAUCCAAUCUCACUUUUGCCUUGCCGAGAUGGCCAAAUGAACCUUGGAGGUUGGUAGGACCUUCACUUUGAUGGCAGCUGCUAAAAGUUAGGCCAGGGCCUGCAUCACUUUGACACAAAUGAGGAUUGGGCUGAGUGGGGCAGACAUUCCUCACCUCUUUGCUCUAACUCAAGAACAGCCAGCUUGGGGCCUUCCAGUUGCUGCUGGACUCCAGUACCCAUCAUCCCUGACUAUUGGCCUUGCUGGCUGGGUCUGAUGAAAGGUGGAAUUCAGCAGCAGCUAUAGGGCCACCACAGUGGCCAUCUCUGCUCUCACAUCUUUACAGGCGAGACUAGUAGAGUGCCCAGCCUUGCUUCAGUUACAGCUACUGGGUUUCUCUCUUUGCAAAGAGGCCUGCCUUCCGCUUGCUUUUCCCGCUUCUGAAAGGUGAGUGGGUCCUUUGGGAAACAGAGAUGCCUACAACAGCAAGGUGGAAUGAGGUGACGUGUCAGUACCCCAAAGUAUGACAGGCAUGGCAGAAAGAGGUGAAAGAAUGCAGGGCAUCCUGGGCCAUCAGCAUAAGACACCUGGGUGACAGGCAGCAAUGCCAUGUCUGGACAAGAUAUUAGCCUGCAGUCACGAGGCAAGGCCUGAUCCUGAGAGCCCACAUUCACCUUCCUGAUUCAUGUAGCAGGGUCAAGAAUGAUGGGGAAAACUUCCUUUUCUACCUAGCAGCGGUUAUAGUGCAGAGACACAAGGAAGAGUGUUGUAUGAGCAGCCUGGUUUGCUCCAAGUUUGCUUGACCAGCAGCACCAUGGGUGUGGGGCACAAAAUGUGUUUUCUUCACCCAAGAGGAGCGGUGGCAGUGGUCUUGCUUAGAAGUCAUUCCAGCUUAGGGUCAGUUUCUACAUGGCAUAGGUUUAAGCGGCGAAGCUUCCCUUGGACCGCAUCAUUUGCCUCCCCAUGCACUCAGUAAAUCAUCUCUGGGAGGCUACUGGUCUAAUUCCCAAUUCCAUCUUUGUAGGAGAGUAUUGUCAAACCCUGUCCCCAGCCCGAGAAGGCAGUCCAGAAAGACUUCACCACUUGAUUCUGCUCCAUAUAUGAAACUGUCACCUACGUGAUAGCACUAUUCCAUAUAUAGGCAGAUGACCUCUGGGCUGCGUGAACAAAUGCUGACUUUGGUUUCUGAUUUUGGAGGGUGGGGGGAGCCCUCUCAGGGUAGAGGGGAGCCGAAUAUUUUCAGAAUUACAGCGACAAGGACCAUUGAAAGGGGCCUGGAAUCUGAUGGCCUGAAAGCUUGUCUCCCCCAUGGGAACAGUAGAAAAAGAAAAACCUGGAAAAUGUCAAGGGGGGAAAACAACCAAGGCUUAAAGCAAUGGAACAGUUUCCUGGAUGGAGGGUGGGAAAGUAUGCUUUUUGCACUUCAGUAUAAUUUGAAUAUAUGUUGUGUGUGCUGUUAGAUACAAUAAAUAUAUUCUGGGUGUACUGGACUAGUUUUGUCCAGGCAAGUGUUCA